AGCUUCCCGCCUCGUGUUGACUGCGAAAGCUUCCACUGUAGCCAAACUUUUUCCUGACUGGGAACUUCGUGAAUAAGAGCAAACUAUGUGUGCCGAAUGCUCCACAUUUUGUCGAACGAACCACUUAGGGUCAAACCGUGACGAAAAGAUGGAACCGGAAAUGAAAAGGGACACUGCGACGCUCCGGAGUUGUCAGCGGGGAAGCGCUCAGCCCCUACCCGGCGAGGAAGCCUCUCGGGCUGGAUGCGUGGACCAGCUGAUCGCGCUGACUGAUGCUUUGGAAGAGAGACGUGUAACUUGGGCGCACCGGGCUCGAAUGUUGAGGCUGGAAGGUUUGCAGCAACCUGGGGAUCAAUUCUGGAGACUCCACCAGUGUUUGGGCCACAUGGACAGCAUUGCUCGUCAACUUUUUGACUUUUACCAGGUCAGUGGCAAAGAGCUGUCCAAGUCCAGCCAUGAGGAGACGCUGGAGAGCUUUCUCCCCGCCAUGGACCCCGUCGUGGUUCAGGUCAUCCGGCGAACCCCCAGUGUCCGUCCCCAUGGUCCGCCUCAGGAAAUCCAGUUGGUCGAUGUGUGCACUCAGACUGACAUCACCUUCGAACACAUUGUGGCACUGGCAAAGCUGCGGCCUUCAACGCCUCCUGUGCCUGAUGACUGUCCCUUCUUACUCAGCGACAGCUGUCACUCCCUUCACACCGUGGAGCAAGAUUUCUACGAAGGCACCGACUACCUCUCGCCACUUCCGGCAGACGCUGACAGGACGGAAGAGUUGGAAUAUGAGGAAGUGGAAUUGUGCCGACUCAGCAGCCAAGAAAAGCUAGGGCUGACACUGUGCUACAGGACGGACGAGGAAGACGACGUUGCCAUCUAUGUCAGCGAGAUCUGUCCCAACAGCAUCGCUGCCAAAGACGGUCGUAUUCGAGAGGGGGACCGCAUAUUGCAGAUUAAUGGCCAGGAUGUGCAGGACCGAGAGGAAGCCAUGGCUGCGCUCUCCAAUGAAGAGUGUCGGAGCAUCCUACUGCUGGUCGCCAGGCCUGAGAUGCAGCUGGAAGAGGCCUGGCUGGAUGACGAGCACAGCGAGUUCCUGGAACAGCUCAAGAUGGAAAUGCUGGAGGAACAGCAGCGCGAGGAGAUGGAGUUGGCCGCCUUCCAGGAGGAGCAGGAGAGUGAACAGCGGGAAGACGACGACAAGCCCACCUGCUCCACACUCCCUCAGCCUCAGGAAAGAGGUCGGAAUCUGAAAGAGAGACUGGAAAAUUCCGAGCACAACGUCCUGGCACAAAUACAGAGACGCCUGUCACAAUGCCUUCGUGACAAGAGGGACCCGCGUCGCCAUGAGGAUGAGGACGACAAAGAAGACGUGGCGGCGGGCGAUCGCUUCCAGCAGCUUCUGGAGCUAAAGUGCCAGAUCCGGAACAGCGGCGAGUACGACCUCUUCUACAGCCGCCGCAGCACCAUCGAGUGCAGCGUGGCAGAGCCAGGCGGCGUCCAGCACGAGCUGCGCAUGCUCAACGAGGAGCUGCGAAGCAUCGAGCUGGAGUGCCAGAACAUCAUGCAGGCGCACAAGCUUCGCAAUGGUCAGCAGUCGGCGAGUCCCCUUCGAGGAGAACUUGGCAAAGGCAAGCUGACCGACAUCAACGAGAGGCCGGAAAAGUCCGACAAGGACAGCUCCAGCGCCUAUAACACAGCCGAGAGCUCACGGAGUACCCCUCUGGCUAUGGAUCGCUCCCCUGAACACUCCCUCCAGAGGAUGGUGAGCCUCACCAACCAGAGGAACCUCCACAGCAGCCUCGCCACCGGACCCUCGCUCAGUCCUAGUCCGGUCCCACUUCUGGGCAAGAGCAGCAGUCCGGACCACAGCGAUCGCUCAGAGUCGGACCAGAUGCUCCGACCCGAGGAGGACCGACGCCGAGGGAAAUCUAAGCCCCGGGUGACACAGAUCCCUUACUUCUCCCCAUCGCACAGUUCUCAUCAUCGGCAAGGCGACAUCCCCGCUCACGCUCGCCAUUACCAGAGCUAUAUGCAGCUCAUCCAGCAGCGCUCGGCCGUUGAGUACGCCCAGAGCCAGCUCAGCCUGCUCAGUGUGUGCAACAAAGAGCCUAUGGCGGCACCUCUGCUCCUGGAUGAGCCUAAGAUGGAGUGGAAGGUGAAGAUCCGCGGCGACGGUACGCGCUACGUCACCAAACGGCCGGUGCGCGACAAAAUCCUACGGGAGCGAGCGCUGAAGAUCAAAGAGGAGCGCAGCGGCGGUAUGACCACAGACGACGACGCCAUGAGCGAGAUGAAGAUGGGUCGCUACUGGAGCAAGGAGGAAAGGAAGCAGCACCUGCUGCGCGCCAAGGAGCAAAGGAAGCGUCGAGAGUUCAUGCAGCGUAGCCGGCUGGAAAGCCUGAAGGAGAACCCGCAGAGCAGCAGUGGCGAGGCCAGCCGCAAGGAAGUCAGUAUCAUCGAGUUGAGCCACAAGAAGAUGAUGAAAAAGCGCAACAAGAAGAUCCUGGACAAUUGGAUGACCAUCCAGGAACUGAUGACACAUGGGACCAAAGCUCCGGAGGGGGCGCAGGUACACAACGCCUUCCUGUCGGUCACUACUGUGUAAAACAAACAGCUUACUUUCUACCUGUGGUGGUAUGAAUCUAAUCGCCUCGUUCAAUGCGGCAUUUUUAUGAGGACAAUAGGAGUAUUUUUCACACUUUGUACACCCAAAUAGCAUUUUGUAAAGAGUUUAUCCAUGGCGGUAUGGCAACAUCUCGGACAUUUUUAUACCGAUCAACAUUGUCGCCUAUUUUAACAUUUUUGUCAUAGUCAUGCAACUUAGACAUGCUUGUUUGAUUAUUUUCUUAUGGACCAAUGCAAAACCCAGCAGAUCUCAUGCCUUUUUGUCAUACAUCUCCUUUUAGCAUUCAUCUCUCAGGGGUCACCAACCAUUUUGAAUCUGAAAGGUACUUUGUAGGUACUAAUUAAUGUGAAGGGCUACCAGCAUAAUGCACACUGAAAUGCUGAACUGAUAUGCUCAUCUUUGUUUACUGACAAUUAAUUUAAGGAAACUUGAUUGUUAAUGAGAUCAUUGCAAAAAAAAAAAAAAAAAAAAUCUACGGUAGGAAACAGAUGUAUGCAUUAAAGCAACACUUUGUAAUUUACAGUUUUGGGCAAUUUUAGCAACGCCGGUCGAAAAAGUGGUCGUGUUUUGCCUUAAGACUGCGUUUCCCAUGAAGACCAGCACUGCGUUUCCCAUGAGGACCAGCGCACACCCGAACAGUGUCGUAAAAUCAUUAAUGAAUGAAUAAUCAAUCUCCGGGUUGCCUGCUGUUUGAUUAAACAACAUUUCCGUUCCAGUGGCUGUUUAAAGGACAUAUAGUAAUGAGUUAAUUAAUCCAGUUGUGGCUAAACAAUAGCAUAUGACGGUUAGCAACUGUGUGGCUUAGUGUGACUCGUCAGCGCUGACCGCGCUGUUUGGUGGGGGGGGUCAUGCCAGCGAGUGAAAUCUUCAUUCAGUGUAUCCUGGUAGCCUCUUUUUUUUUCUUCCUCAGACAAAACUUUUUGUCUCUUCUUCUUCUUAGCAGAAUUCGCGCCAAAGCGUUCGCAUUGACAUCAGUCUUUACAAUAGGGCUGUCCAACAAUCAAAUUUUUUAAUCGAGUUAAUCACAGCUUAGAAAUUAAUUAAUCGCAAUUCAAACCAUCUCUAAAAUAUGCCAUAUUUUCCUGUAAAUUAUUGUUGGAAUGAAAGAUAAGACACAAGACGGACAUAAACAUUCAACACUGUACAUAAGUACUGUAUUUGUUUAUUAUGACAAUAAAUCCACAAGAUGGCAUUAACAUUCUUUCUGUAAAGGGAUCCACGGAUAGAAAGACUUGUAGUUCUUAAAAGUUAAAUUUGUGUAAGUUAUAGUAAUUUUAUAUUAAAACUAGGGCUGUCAAACGAUGAAAAUUUUUAAUCGAGUUAAUGACAGCUUAAAAAUUAAUUAAUCGUAAUUAAUCGCAAUUCAAACCAUCUAUAAAAUAUGCCAUAUUUUUCUGUAAAUUAUUGUUGGAAUGGAAAGACACAAGACAGAUAUAUACAUUCAACAUACGGUACAUAAGUACUGUAUUUGUUUAUUAGUGAUGCACGAUAAUACAUUUUUCAACCGAUAUCGAUAACCGAUAAUUUCCUGCCCCUUCCACCCGAUAACCGAUAAUGUCACGCUGAUAAUUCUAUUCAAAUAUGUAUGUAAAAUUUUAAAGUAAACAAAGAUCAAAUGUUACUGUGCAAAAAGGUAAUUUAGUGCUAUUUUUUUUCCACAUCAAAUGUGAACAAGUAGUAAAUUCCAACAUCUAAACAAUGGCAAUGACAUUGUGUAAUGGUAAGCUUUUGGUAACAAUUACUUAGAGAGUAAACAACCAAGUUGCACAAAAAUGCCGUUAAAAGUAAGCCAUUCCUAACAUAUAUCACAUUAUUACACUGCAAAAAUACCUCCUUAAAACUAGCACAAUUGGACAAAAUUGUUGAUUGCGCACAUUUGGAGGCCAAAUCAAGUAUAUAAUUAUCGGAUUGCAUUAUCGGUUGAAUUUCGUUUUAUCUGCAUUAUCUGUGUGACGUCAUAAUUGUCAUUAUCGGCCGAUAAUUAUCGGUGACCGAUAUUACCGUGCAUCUCUAUUGUUUAUUUUAAAAAUAAAUCAACAAGAUUAACAUUAUUAACAUUCUCUUAAAGCGAUCCAUGGAUAGAAAGACUUGUAGUUCUUAAAAGAUAAAUGUUAGUACAAGUUAUAGAAAUUUUAUAUUAAAACCCCUCUUAAUGUUUUCGUUUUAUUAAAAUUUGUAAAAUUUUCAAUCAAAAGACAAACUAGUAGCUCGCCAAUGUUGAUGUCAAUAAUUACACCAUGCUCACUCGUUGUGCUGAAAGCACCAGCAGAGGGCGCCAAACACCAAAAAAAAAGUAACAAGCGGACAUUACACUGCUGUCAUUUUAAUCUGUUUGAGCAGGGCAUGUGCGUUAAUUGCGUCAUAUUUUAACGUGAUUAAUUUUUUUUUUUUAUUCAUUACCGCCCGUUAACGCGAUAAUUUUGACAGCCCUAAUUAAAACACCUCUUAAUGCCACAUGGGCUCCCUGCCAUUCUUCCACAGUGUCUUUAACUACGUACAGUGGGGAGAACAAGUAUUUGAUACACUGCCAAUGGGAAAACCCAAGGUUUCAAUGGCGAGUUUUAAAUUAAUUAGAGAUCUAGCCAAGGCAAUGUCUGAGUAAGUUUUAUGUAUAUUUUGCAAAGCUAUUUUGAUUGGGAAUGCCAGUUCACUUUGCAUUGAGCGCUUUUCUUUUUGUGAACAUCAUUUUUUGGAGAGAUAGGUAUUUUAUUGUGCUUUCACUAAAUGAUACUGUAGCGACUUAACUGUUCCGCCCAUGCAUGAUGGGAAGUUGGGCAACCAUGACUGUCAGUGUUGGCUGCAAAUGGUAUACAGUGUGUUCUGGGUUGCGUUCAAUUAAACUGUUAAGAAAAAAAGAUCGUCUUCUUUCAUUCUUCCACACGUCGUCCGCCACAAUAUUUAUAUUUGUGGUGAAAGAUUUGCCAAAGCUUAAGUCAAUAAGAGGCGCGGAUCAAUGAACGCCUAUGUCCACUCGCAUUUCUCUGCCUUUUCGCUCUCAAUGUGCAAAAACCGCGUCAUUGUAAACUGUUUGAGGCAACGCAUGAACAGGUCAUUCCGUGCAUGCGUUAAUUGCGUCAAAUAUUUUAACUUGAUUCAUUUUAAACAUAAAUUGCCGCCGGUUAGUGCGAUAAAUUUGACAGCCCUACUUUACAAUGAAUGGGGUAAGGGGAAAGUGACGUAUGCCGUAAAGCAGUCAGCACAUUUUUAGUUGUUGGGUUUUUUUUGUGUGUGGCAGGGUUCCUGCCACCCUCCUUAAAGUUAAAUAGUGCCGGUGAGAGCCAUACAGACCCCCUCAAGAUGUAAAACAGGUGUCAUUCAACUAGUUGUCAGUCGACAUACGAUCACAAAAGGUAUAAAAUAUUUUAUAAAGGUUAAAAAGUUACCAAGUGUUGCUUUAAUAUUUUUAUUGACCUGUUUAAUGUUAAAAAGUCACUUUCACAACAUCCCUAAGAAUCCGUAAUGUCCCUUCACUGAUUAACUUUUUAGAACAGGCCCAGGGACAUGGGGUCCUUGGGUCCACCAUGUUGGUGAUCCCUGCCGUACACACUAUUUGGCAGAUAUCCAUUGUAAUUUUACAAGUACCAUAAAAUUCAAUAUUUUGGAAAAGUUCAUUAAUAGUAGUUCAGUUCAAAGUGAAAGUGGUGUAUCAUGCAGAUUAACCCCCCCCAAAAUCUGAAGGCUCUUACUUUUGAUUUUUUUUUUUUUUUUUUUAACCUGUAAUCUUGAAAGUUUUAUUUUUCGAUUUAAUUGCUAAAAGUAAUUGUUUUCCAACAAAAUAUCCAAAUUCAUGGCAAUGCAUCUGCACAUACAUUCAAUGGACACUUUAUUAGGUAGAGCCCAAGAAGACGUACUGUAUAUCCAAAAGUCAAAUUAAAGCUCAUCUACAGGAUUUUAAGCAGUGAUAAAACACUGCUACUUUUACCUGUACUGGUAUAAGUUAACUAUAGAUUUUUGAAAGAAAAACUCCAAUUUUAAAAUGAGCCUUACUAUAUAACUUGUCUUGCAGAUGCACCUAAUAAAGUUUCAGUGAGUGUCCACAAACGAUUGCAAUACAAUGUUUCAGCUGUGCCAGUUCAGUUAUAUACAACACAAAAAGGUUCAUAUUGAAUUUAGACUUGUGUAUUUUUGUUGCAUUGUUCAAAUCUUUGUUGACUAAUAUUUUCUUUUCCAUACCUGAAAUUGUAUAGUUUGCCACUGAGCAGGACUCAGCUGAUUGGAACUCUUAUUAUAAACUCAAAUUGAAGUUGUAGUUUAUUUCCAUGUGAAUUUAUUGCUGAAAACGGAAAUAUUGUAAAUUUCACAUACGGAGACCGGGAUCCCUUCGUCUUUGUUCGAGUCCGUGUGCCAUGGUUUCACGUGAACGCGUAGUCGACCAAUGUGUAGCCAGUUGGGAAAAAAUGUGAUGAUGGUGCUCUUUGCGAAAUAA